CGCGUAGCUAGCUGCACCGAUCCGGUUUCCAUUUCUCCAGUUUCCGACGUCAUGGCAUCGAUGCCCGCCGACGAGAAGAGCCUCCGCGCCAUGGAGGACGGGAGCGGUAGUGGUGGGGGUGGUAAGAAGGUCAGCAGGUGGCCAGGGUACAUCCACUUCAUCUUCCUCCUCACAGUCGUCAUGUGCGCGCUCGUCUACGCCCCGCGGUUCCUGGCGCCUUCUUUGACAUCCGUAGCCGGCGUCGACUUCUUCAAGCCGCGGCCAUCGUCGUUGGGUAGAGUGGAAGGAGGACAGGGACAAAGCGUCCACAGUGGAGGCGGCAAUGCCGUCGACGAGGAGGCACUGGUUCUAGACAAUCAGGUGGGCUCCCCGUGCGCGUCGAUGCCCAGCCACGGCAUCUGCUGCGACCGCACCGACUUCAACACAGACGUCUGCUUCAUGGCCGGCGACGUGCGCACGGACGCCGCGUCCCUGUCCUUCCUGCUGUUCCCGCCGUCGCCCGGCUCGCCCAACGCCACCUUGGACGAGAAGGAGGAGCGGGUGCGUCCCUACACGCGCAAGUGGGAGCGGCACCUCAUGGACAGGAUCCACGAGGUGCGUCUCCGCGCGUCCACGCCGGAGGAGACAGCGUCCGAGCGGCACAGGUGCGACGUGGUCCACGACGCGCCGGCGCUGGUGAUGACGGCGGGCGGGUACACGGGCAACCUGUUCCACGCCUUCAACGACGCGUUCCUGCCGGCGUGGCUCACGGUGCAGCACCUCCGCCGCCGCGUCGUGCUCGCCGUCCUCGCGUACAACCCGUGGUGGGCAGGCACGUUCCAGGAGCUCGUCUCCGGCCUCUCGGACCACCACGUGGUCGACCUCCUCCACGACAAGCGGACGCACUGUUUCCCGGGUGCAAUCGUCGGGACCCGCUUCCACGGCAUCCUCGCCGUCCACCCCGAGAGGACACGCGACAACCGCACCCUCGCGGACUUCCACAACUUCCUCGCUGACGCCUACAAAGACGACGCCGCCGCCGUCAAGCCGCUGGAGCGUGGCACGGCGACGAACACGUCUCCACGGCGUCCGAGGCUGGGGAUCGUGUCGCGGAAGGGGACGCGGGUGAUCGAGAACGAGGCGGCCGUGGCGCAGCUUGCAACUUCUGUCGGGUUCGACGUGUCGAUCCUCGAGACGGCGAACGGCGCGCCGCUGUCGUCGGAGUACGCAGCCAUAAGCGUGCUCGACGUGCUCUUAGGCGUGCACGGGGCCGACCUGACGAAGCUCCUGUUCCUCUGCCCCGGCCGCGCCGCGCUCCUCCAGGUGGCGCCGCUCGGCGUGCCGCCCAUCGCGCGCGGUUGCUACUCGGCGGCGUGCGGCAUGAUGGAGGUCCACUACGAGCAGUACGAUGUGGUGGCAAACGAGAGCUCGCUGCGGCGGCGGUACGCGGCGGACGACGUGGUGCUGACCGAUCCGGAGAAGGCGAAGCAAAAGGGUGGGUGGGAGAUCACCGCGCGCGUGUACCUCGGCGGCCAGAACGUGAGCCUGGACUUGGGCAGGUUCGGGGACACGCUGAGGAAGUUGCACUCCCGCGCCAUGCGGCUGCCGGCGGCGGUGUAGAUGCAUCGUGCAUGCAUGGCUUCGCCCGUUCGCGGAUACGUGCAAUGGGUUUGCCGACGAGCUGCUCAUUCAUUCUUGGAGGUAGGUCCGGCGGCCGCGGCCGGAGAUCCGCCGGCCGGAGAUGUACAUGACAGGGUGCCGGACGGCAACCGUUUUAUUUUGUUUAUUCUUGUUGGCCACCAAAUAUAGCACGUGGAAUACUUUGAUAUAGG